AUGCUGUGGAAAGGCCAUGAGCUGUUGCUGCUGCUGCUGCUGCUCUUCCUGUCAGCGGCGGACGCGCAGUGGGAUCCCUUUGGCAGGCUGUCGACAGCGGGGCCGAUCCCGACCCCUAAAGAGGACACGAUUGCCUACUACCCGCCGCUGUCGGGGAACCUCCGCCUGGGAAUCGCGGCGAAGCUGACGCUGCGCGACGGGUGCGGCGCAGCCCGCGUGGUGGCGGCCACCCGCGCGAUCUACGACGUGAACACGCGCAACUCCACGUUCUGCCCAGCCAUUGCCAACCUUGGCCCUGCCGACCUGUUCAAUGUCUCAACGGAUGUCAUGGACCACGGUGGCAACAACGAGCGCGCAAUCUUGGCAGGGUUCUAUUUCAACAACAUGGUUGAGAAGUCUGGCUUCGGCCUCUACGGAGAGCCCGUGCACGGCAUCGUUGGUUUCACUACGUCGGGCUCGUCGGCGGCAGGCGCCACUGCCAUGCAGUCGUUGGGGUUGCCUAUGGUUUGCUAUUCCACCACCAGCCCACUGCUCUCGCUGAGGAACGGCCUUGCGCUUAAGUACCCAAAUUUCUUCCGCGUCUGCCCAGGCGACCAGAACCGAGUAAGGGCUGCUGCGCGCGCCAUGAGGCACAUGGGAUACACCCGCGUGGUGUCAUUUUAUUUCAGCGAAGACUACACGCGCAGCAUGUGCAGCUCCUUCGCGAGCACGGCUACUUCUCUGGGUAUGACUGUCGUCUCCAAGGAGGUGCCCACGACGGACGGUAACAGUGGCAACCAGCCAGAUGAGAAUGCCAUUCAGCGCAUCCAGGAGGCGUUCACGGAAAUCCACGAGGACCCUUCUAUGCCCCGAGUCAUCAUGUUGUGCGCUUUCCAGUCAGAGUUGCCGGAGGUGCUGAGGCAGGCUGAGAGCAUGGGCUUGCGAAAGAAGGAGCACAAUUACGUCUGGUUCCACCCGGACGACGGUAAUUUUAACGACCCACGUGAAGCAUUGGGCACUUUCUCGGUCAGUUGGAUGCCCGAUUCCGACCGUACGCCGCUCUUCGAGGAGGCUUGGGACAGCGGCGAAAUUCGAGCUGGCGGUUUCGAGUACAAGCUUGGCGAAAACAUUUGCGGGUCAUCGAUGAACGAGUCGUGUUGGGAUAUGCCGAAGGGUUCCACUUGGGGCGAGGACUACGGCGAUUAUUUCAGGUACGUCGAGAACACAUCCGUCACAGCGCAGAACAAUUUCGCAAAGUGCAAGACGUACACGCAGUUUGGUUACGACAGCAUUGUGAUGUUCAGUGUUGCCAUGCAUAAGGGCAUCACUACAGGCCGGUUCACCAGAGACACGGUGACGAGUUCGUUGUUGGAAGAGAUGCUGCAAGAGCUGGUUGGCGAUACCAGCUACGGUGAAUGCCUGGCAGGUGGCCUCCUGACAUUCAACGAGGAUCAAGAGCGUAACCUGCCUUACAUGGUGAGCAACUUUUACCUUGACAGCGCUGACAACACAGUGAAGAAGGCCGACGUCAUCCUGGUGCCGGACCAGAUGUCAGGUGCGUUGGUGUACCAGGCUACUUCGGACCUGGCUGCGUGCUCCGUGGACUACCCUGGCGAGAAGUGCUUCAAGCCGAACGGCGAGGGCCCGCUCGACGGUGGCUUCCCUCUCGGCAGGGCGGAGACCUGCCUCGACGGCACGUACUGGCACAGGGGCGAGUGCGUGCCGGCGGACCUCGGCUACUACGUCCCCGAAGUGGCAGCGGGUCAGUCGGUGCCCUACAUGGCGCAGACCGCUUGCCCCGUGGGCUCGUACACGAACGCGUCAGGUCAGACCGCGUGUAGGUUCUCCAGUCCGGGUUAUUUUGUGAACGAGAAUUCCACGAACGAGGUGCAGUGUGCAGAAGGUACGUUCGCCGACGAGAAAGGCGCCGCAGUUUGCACCAAGUGUGUCGCUGGCGAUUUCCAGGAAAAGCGAGGCCAGACGAGCUGUGACCGUUGCGAAGUGGGCAGGUAUCAGGAUGAGAAGGGUCAGUCCAGCUGCAUAUCUUGCUCAGACGGCCGCACAACUCUGUACACGGGGUCCUCGAGCGCGUCCGAUUGCAUCUGCCAGGUGGGCACCGAGUACUUGGACGAUACCACGGACACAUGCAAGCCGUGCCCCAUCGGCAUCAAUUGUCCGGCAGGUGCGUCGUUGGCAUUCGAAAUAGGGACAGACGUCAGCAAUGGUGGUUACACCGCUUUGUCCGUCAAACUUGGCUACUACAUACCAGUUUCUGCUGUGAGUGCCAGCGAUUCUGCGGGGCGUGAAGAUGCCAUCAUCAAUGAGGUUUACGCGUGCGAUGCUCUUGGGGAGGCUGUGCUGUCACAGUCUGGUUACAACACGCCAUGCCCUGGUGGUCCGCCGGGCUCAUGCGCGCUGAACCGCGACGCGGGUUCGCUUGCUUGCGGGCGCUGCAUGGAUGACCACUUCCGCGGUUCCGACGGGAUUUGUCAGAAGUGUGGAGGCGGCGAGGCCGUUGGCUUGAUUUUACUGAUCGUCCUCGGACUGACACUGCCUGUCGGAUCCUACUUCUUCAUCAACGAGGGAGUUACUGCGAAGCUUGGAGAGCUGACAGUUGCCAUCCUGAGUUUCGGGACUUUUGUCACAAGCGUGCAGCUGGCAAUGGUCAUCACCAAGAUCUCGAUAUCAUGGCCUACAGGCAACCGGGACAUAUUCCGCACUUUCGCAAUUUUCGCCUUCGAUUUGGACUCCGUGCGCGCCGAGUGUCUGUUCGGCUCAGGCGCUACAACAGGCUACGUGCUCACACUGCUCAUCCCGAUCCUGUUAGGCGCGGUGCUCUUCGGCGCGUCGUUCUUCUCCCGCGUGGUCUUUACCGUGAGCCAACGGUUGCACAUGAAGGGGCCUGAGACAUGGAACACUUAUUUCACAGUCUACCAGGCGGUCUUCAUUGCAGUAUUCAUAACAGUUGUGCGCCCGUUCCGUUGUUAUUCUCACCCAAAUGGCAAGUAUUCCAUGGUGGACUACCCUGAUAUCAUCUGCUGGGACAGUGACUCUGACCACACGUUGAUGAUCGUCUUUGCCAUAAUUGCCAUCUUCGGGGAGGUUGUUGCGUUCCUGGCUUACUACAUGUGGUGCAUCAUGACGUUGCCCAAAACCAGCGUGACGAACCCAAACGUCCUGCGCAGCCUCAAGUUCGUCGUGUAUCGUUUCCGGGACGGUGCCUGGUACUGGGGUAUCAUCUUCCUCGUCAGGAACACAUUCACUGGUAUCUCAGUGAUCAUCGACCCGUCUCGCCCGUAUGCACAGAUGAUAGUGAUGGCCAGCGUGCUGACGGGGUAUUUCCUCUUGAGCGUGCUCAUUCUGCCCUGGAGGGGCAAUGCUCUGAACCUCUCAGACGCGAUCACCUGCGCGAGCCUCGUCAUGCUGGUGGCGGCCGCGGGGCCGGCCGUGGGAGAGAUGUCUGCAGCAGUUGAGACCCAGGUGUCCACUGGCACGAUGUUCUUCUGGCUACUUGGCCUCGGAUCAAAUGUGUUGAUUUUCAUAUACCUCGUCUAUGUCUUCUUGAGAGAUCUGUUCGGUUCGAAGGACAUGCAGCAGGCAAAACAAGAAUCGGAUCUGAAGAAAGCUCGUGACAUGGGGAAGCGGCUGCUGCGGAUGUGCCAGGGUCUGUGCAACAGGAGCGAAGAGGAGAUUGGGAAACAAUUGGUGGAUCUCGGGGACUUCGACUUGAUGCGGCUCAAGCGAGGCGUUCGCUUUAUCGAGGUGGAGCUGCUGCAGGACGAUGACGAGAUCGUGAACACCAUGUCUUGGGGCAGUAUCUUCGAGGCCCGCAUCAAAACUUCGACUCAGCGCCCCUCCACCCAGAAAGGUCUUCAUCCCAGCGAGCCAGACAGCGUCCAUCUCGGCGAGUUGGCAAACGAUGAUCCCAACGGCGAACCUUGCGGCGAAGCGGCACCAGAAGUGGCGGGCGCAGGGGCAACCGACCCCGCCGCCGGCUCGACGGCACAAGAAGUGGCGGGCGCAGGGGCGACCGACCCCGCCGCCGGCUCGACGUCGGAGACCCCGGGAGUCGCAGUCUGA